AAACUCUUCGUUGAAAGUACGAAGAAAUCGCCCAAUUAUCAAUAACUACAUUCAAAAAAUUUAAAAGUUGAAUUUAAAAUUAGGUAUCAAUCGGUAACGCCAUUUUGUUUUACCGACAGUUCAGCAACUGAGAGAAAAUGUCGGAAAAUAACCUACAAUUGGACGAGAACACUACACAUUUCAUUUAUGGGGACCAAGAGUACAUUCUGGAUCAAGGCCCGAUCAAUCCGGAACUCAGAGACUUGAUUUGCAAUGAGGGCCCCAAAGCGAUACUAGUAGACGGCCAGUAUAUCCUUACUGACAGUAAUACGAUUCUUCUACAAGGGGGCGACACGAAUUUGACCCAAUUUUACAUCAAUGACGGGAAUGAAGCCGGUUUUGUGAUUGAUGGAGGGGACAGUUCGGUUAAUAAUUUAUUUCAAAACGCCGAGUGUGUGCAAUUGGUUGAAGAGGACACAAAUGACGUGCAACAAAUCGUUUAUUACACCAACGAGGAGUUGAGUAAUGAAGCAUUUACACCAGUGCAGGAAUUGAGUGAAGAAGGUGACAUUCAAGGGAUUCAGGACGAAGACGGGAAUAUUUACCCCUUCAAGAGGAUCAAACUGGAAGGACAAAUGCUAAAUUUUGAUGAAUUUAUCCAAAAAGAAGAAAGUAAUGAGGAAACGAGCGACGAAAAUAUUCAAUUUACAAUUUUGGAGGACCAGUCUGAGUUAAGCAAUGUUGAAGGCACGUCUGAGACUGAUUCAUCGACGAAAACAACCGAAAAUGAAAUCUCCGACUUGGCAAAAAUCACAGGUCGGAAUCUAAUAACUGGUCAAACAGUAACUCUUCAUAGUUACAUGGAAAAGUUAAAAAAACGGUUACACAAAACAAGUUUACACAAAACCCCAGGUCGAAAAAUCUACAACGACGAGGUGCGUAAACCCGAAAUUACCGACCUUGUUGAUAGAAAAAUCCUCAUCGGAAAAACGAAAACCGGGAAGAAAAUCAUGGGAAAAAUCUUAAGCGUUGAUCGGAAACAUUCAACCCCCGAGCCUGAAAACGAGACCACAACCACUCCAGAGCCCGAAAAUUUAGAAAUUCAUGAGAAAGACACAACAAUAGAAACGCCCCCAGUCACUGACCCCCCCGUGAACCAAAUAAUAAUAAAAACGAGUGUCGUAGCAAAGGAGAGUUUCGAACAAAUUUGUAAAACUUUGAGUGGUGUUAUGGAAAUGGAAUCGGUUAGGAAAAAAUUAGAGAAAAAAAAUCUUGUAGUAAAGUUAGUUGAAAAGAAAUAUGUUAGUGAGAGUGAUUCAUAUGAGAAAAAGACGUCGCAUAGUUAUGGUUUUAUGGAGAAGGAGGUGGAGGAUGGGGAGGAGAAGUGGAAGUUUGUGCCGGAUGCGGAGACGCAGGAGGUGCUCCUGGGGGAAGAAGAAGAGGGCGAGAAAAAAACAGCUCGAUUCACCAUCACCACCAGCCUCACAAUCCUUGUGACGUAUGAAAAGGGCGGAGCUAAGACAGUCCGUGUGAAUCUAAACCCCGCCCCUGGUAAUUUAUGUACAGUGUGUGCCCAAUAUUUCAAAAGCAAUUUGAAACUUCGCCAACACAUGAAUCAGGUUCACAACACCUACGGUUACAACAGCACUUGCAAGGCCUGUGACCAGUUCUUCAAUGAUCCUCAAAAGUUCAAAGAACAUUGCAAACAGCACAUCGAAAAUGGUGAACUGUUCAAUUGUUCCGAAUGUGACAAGUGUUUUCCCUCUGAGGUCAAACUCAAGAAACACUUUGCUAUUCACGACGUCCAUUUGCGUCCUCUAGAGUGCUCCGUUUGCGAAGUGCGGUGUGCGAAUGAGACAACGUUGAAAAAACAUUUAAUGACACAUAUGGGGGUGAAGCCUUACGCGUGCGAUAUUUGUAGUAAACAGUUUAUGACGCAUUAUGAUGUGAAUUUUCACCGGAGAAUUCAUUUCCCUGAUAAGAAUUUCACGUGUCAUGUUUGUGGUAGAACGUUUUCGAGGCAUUCGAAUUUGUUGAGACAUACAGAGAUACAUAAGGGGACAGGAGCGCUGUUUAAGUGUGAUAUUUGUGGUUGUUCGUUCAAUUAUAUUUCUUCGUUGACGAGGCACGUGGUGCAGAAUCACAUCGAUGCUGAUAAAUUGAAAAAGGUUGUUAAUGACAAGGAGGAGGAGGAAGAGGAGGAGAAAUAAUUUUUUUUUACUUCGGAUCAUCGUCCAGCCAAUCCAGCGCAAUUUCAGAGCCAACUCCACCCCAAUAACCCCCAGGGAGACAAGUUCAAGGGUGGUGUGCACCCCCACAGGCAACUGGAAUUUGUCAACGGAGGGGUUCUCGGCGAGGGC